CCUUACUUUUUUUUAUCCCUUUUUUCAGCAAAGGGCUGUGCUUAUGUCCGUAUAGAAAAUGGAAGAAUGACUGAAAAUUUGGAAUAUUACAGACCAUUUCCAAAAUGGGAGGGACAAACAAUUGACUUUCGUUGUGAUCAUGGUUUUGUGCCUGCGAACAAGCAAACAUGGCAAAGGGCUACAUGCAUCAAUUCCCGCUAUGUCCCAGAACCAAAGUGUUUCAAAAUAUGUGAUCCUUUUAUACGUUUUGAUCAUGGUCACUUCAUUACUACAUAUUAUCACCAUUACUACAUAUUAGAAGGUAACAACAUUACAUUUGUUUGUGAUACGGGAUAUUUUCCUGCAAACCAACGAUCAAUAAUUACUUGCACCAAAAAGGGGUGGUCACCUGCUCCAGAAUGUAUCCAGACAGUUGAACGCACCUGUAAGAUGAUUUCUGUAUCCAAUGGAUAUUUUGAAUCGGAUCAACAGAGUUUUCAGAUCAAUGCUAAAGCAAAAUAUAAUUGUCAUAAUGGCUAUUCAACAUCAAAAGGAGAGACUCAGGCAGAGACACAGUGCCUUACAGAGGGCUGGAGCCCAGAGCCAGAAUGUAUCAAGACAUGCUUAAAACCACCUGGAGGUGAUUUUAUCUUCAACACAACUAAGUCUGUUUUCUUUCCUGGAGACAAACUUCACUAUGAAUGUAAAGAGGGGUUUCAAAUCACAAACAAUACCAUCGAUGACACAGUAACGUGCACCGAGAAAGGAUGGGAAUUUACUCCUAGCUGUGUGUCCGUAGUAUGUAAGACUCCAGUUUUGGAAAAUGGCACAAUUAAUCCAAGAGAGAACAUAUUUCAGUAUAAUAUGGUGGUACGUUUUAACUGCAACAAAGGAUUCACAAGAGUUGGCUCUGAAUCUGCACAAUGUUAUCACUUUGGAUGGUCUCCACAGCCUCCAAUAUGUAAAGAAAAUGUUAAACCUUGUCCGGCAUUACCCAUCAUUUCACAUGGCAGAGUUACUGGUGAAUCUAAAGCAGUAUUUCAGCAUGGUGAUCUAUUGGAAGUUCAUUGUGAGAUCUCAUUUGCACUAUAUGGAUCAAAAAUCAUAGAGUGUGUGGAUGGUGAAUGGGCACCCUUACCCUCAUGCGUAGAGGAAGUAAGAACUUGUAGACCACCUCCAACAAUUAAAAAUGGAUAUUUUGUGAAUGGUGAGUCAUCCACAUACAGACAUGGUGACACCGUGGAAUACAGAUGCCAAAAAAAAAAUAUCAUUAUUGGGACCAACCCAGCCAAGUGUCUUCAUGGGCAGUGGGAAAUACCAUCAUGUGUUGUUAACCAACAAAGUUGUACACGUCCAUCGUAUGCAGACUUUCAACCAACUGUUCAGACUACAAAGCCGUUUAAGACCGACCAGUUUGCAAACUAUCGCUGUGGUUCCAAUCUGCAUCAAACAAAAUGUGUUAAUGGAUUAUGGUUUCCUGUGCCACGGUGUGAAGGUAUCGUUUGCAUGCUAUGUACAAGUUUAUAGUUUCUUCAAUAGGAUGCCGUUAAUCAUCUCUAAAAAAUAAAAGUGGGGGACACCCGAGGACAGUCUUCCUACAUAACAUCUUUUGAUGGCACACAGUUUCUUCUGAAAAGUUUCUUUAUAAUCCCAUGAGCUGUGCAUGCUUUGUCUAAUCUGAUGAUGCAGUGAGACAGUGAAUGUAUCCAUUUCAAAAUAAAAGUUCAUUUUGCAAUGUAGAAAAAAUCCUCAACAAUCCAAGGAUAAAAGGAAAUACACAUUAGUCUUAAAAUCAGUUGGUUUCUUCCUUAGCAGCCAUUUUGUUUCCUUUACAGCAGCCACUCCACCUCAGUUGUGGCACACAGAUUCCUAGCCUGCAUUGGACAGCAUACUUUUGCCCAUUUUUCCUCAUUAGGCAAAUUCAAUGAUAAAAUUUCAUUUCUCACAUCACAAAAGUUCUUUGCUUUGAAUCUUCCGUGUCUUAGGCAACCUAAGAGAAUUUACACAGAACAAAAGCAUGCAAAUCUAGUACGGAAUUCAUCUUUGACUUUUGGUACUUGCAUGGAGACAUCCAUACAGGUUUGUUGGCACAGUAAAAAAAAAAUUCACUGGAAGAAGUUUCAGAAUUUCUGCUGCUUAAGAGGACCAUCAGAUCAUUACAUCUCUCCUAGUUAAUUCCAACAUAUCUUCAU